AUGAAUCAGAAUGAGGAACUGGUCAAUCUGCUGGUCCAGAAAGUUCGUCAAGUCUCACCCGACUUGAUUGGAAGAUGCCUGGAAGCGACGGGGAAUCUUAAGAUUGCCAGAACAUGCUUAGAGUUCUGCGAUGAAAUCUACAAAGGAUUUGAGCUCUCUAUUACUUGCACAGACACCAGGCAAACUGGGCCCGGCACGCUACUUGGUGUAGUUUGUUGGAAUAGGAGUACCAUUGAAGCUACUGUGAUAGCCGAACACCUCCUCGAACGAGGUGCAAAUGUUGACGCUUGGCAUAUCUUCCCAGCUCCAGCUCACAGGCACAAAAAUUUGGUUACGACUCCACUCGGACUUGCGGCGGCUAGGGGAAAUGUUCAGCUUAUGAAAAUACUCCUCGAGGCCGGGGCCAAUCUCAGACCAGACGGUGUACUUGGAUGUUUGUCUCCGCUUGUGCUGGCGGUCCACUACAAACAGCACUUUGCUGUUGAACUCCUCACGAAAUGGGGAGCGCCCGAUGAGAACAUUGAGCGAAAGCUGGACUUCAUAGAGACAACGCCUUCUUAUGCGCUGCCAAACCAGAUUGAGAUGAUGAUGCAGAAUGAGGCGAUGCGAACGAUGGUGAUAGAAAAUGGGAUGAAACGAGAUCUGAUGAUACUAAGAGCAAUUGAAACAGACGAGGCAAAUUUAGUUCAGAUGCUUCUGGAAACCAAAACCCUCGGAGGAGCCACGCGCUGCUGUGUGUCGAACACUCUUGGUAGAGCAAUUGGCCAGGGAAAGCGCGACAUAAUAACAUUACUGUUGAACGCCGGGGCUCACCUUGAGCUUCGCUAUGUCUUUUCUAUUGGUGAUCUGAAAACAGCGAUGUACUUGGAAGAACGCGGACUGUUGCACAGUUUGCUGAGAGAGAAAGGCCGAUGGAUCCUCACUACGGCAAUAAUGGCAGCUGACAGGGCGUUAAUAGACUUUCUUCUGGAAAACUCAGCAGAUCGUUCUUCCAGUUCGCCCCCGACAAACUUUUCGCAGCUUGACGCUUUGCUCAGGGACCAUAAAAGCCCAAGUUCAUCCUGUUCUAGCUACCACUACAGUUAUGGAGACUUUGUCGAACCUGGAAGACUAUGCGUUACGCCUCUGGAAGCAGCCCUGUGUCGUGGCUAUUUUGAACUUGCGAAAAUUCUGUUAAGACGCGGCGCACCUGUCAAAGAACGUGAGAUCAACGCGCUUGUUUGGAACGCAAUCAACUUUCGUCACCUCCUUGUCCACACCUUCGAGUUCUUGGACCUGGUUUCUACCACUCGCACUUUACCAUGCGCCCCCACAGCUCUAAAGAUGGCAAUCUCAUCGGGUGGUCAACUUCUCGUACGUUCUCUUCUAGAAGCUGGAAUUGGCGUUGUGGGAACAUAUUUUGUGCCUUCUGAUGUUGUUGAUCCAAUAAUCUUAUAUCGACUUCGACACCGCGGCGAGCGGAGUUGCAAGCUGGCAGGUUGGUGGAAUUGGACUGGCGAAAAUAAAGCACAUCCUGCUACGUUUGCAAGCGAAUAUGUGAAUCUGCAGUUUUCGCAAGCUCAAAGCGAUUCUCAAACUUUGGUCAAGAUGCUUGGGCCAAAACAUCGAUGCCAAUCGAUUUCUCUACUAGAACACGCAGUGGAGAAAAGUGAAAAAUGUACUUUCUCAAUUCUACUGCAAGUAGACGCAUGGACACCAGAAGACCUAGGGAAAGCAAUUGUCAAGAGUCUACAGCUUGACCGAAAAGACCUCACUCCUGGGUUGCUAGCAUCUGCCGCUAAACUCUACAAGAAAGGACACUUCUGUUCAUCUUUGAAUUUUGGUCCCAAAGAGGCGGAUGCCCAGACGGUCAACCAUUUCAUUUCAGCUGGUUGUAGUCUUGACUACAUCUUCGGAUCUCCGAAAAUGGCUCUCUGUGAAGCUAUUGAGUAUGAACAGAUGGCUCUUGUGGAUAUACUUCUCAGAGCUGGGGUCCAUCUUGAUGAGAUGGUCGCCCCCACAGAAGUUUCAGCUUUCUUUCAAAUUGCAGUCAAGCAAAACCAUCACAAGCUCAUGGAUAUGCUCCUGCUAGCUGGCGCUGAUGUCAAUACGCCUGCAACAUCUAGAGACAUGGGUACAGCUUUACAAAUUGCGGUCGGGAAAGAAAAUCUGCAGCUCACGCAAUGGCUACUUGAAAUCGGCGCAAACGUCAAUGGGGCACCUUGGCGCGACAGUGGAAGAACUGCUCUACAAGCUGCCGUCCUUCAGGGGAAUCUCGAGCUGGUAAACAAACUACUGGAUAUAGGCGCAGAUGUCAACCAGAGUCCUGCUGAUUCUUCCGGGGCGACCGCUUUACAGCUCGCGGCGAUUCGAGGCUACAUUAGCAUUGCCCAAAAGCUGAUUGGUCGUGGCGCUAAUAUAAAUGGUUCCAGGGGUCACCACUUUGGUAGAACGGCACUUGAAGGAGCCGCAGAGCAUGGCCGGACUGACAUGCUACAAUUGCUGUUGGACGGUGGGAGUUUUCUCGAGGGCGAAGGCCGCAGAGAGUUGAUUCGAGCUGUCAAGUUAGCAGUGAAGAAUGAGCGACAUGCAAUCUCCCGAUAUUUGAAGUCAUUCGUUGACUGGAAUGACUCGGACAACGAAUGUUUUCAGAAAGAAGUUUUCGACCAAGAAGAGAAAGACAUGUUGGGCAAAAAGGCAUAA